UGAGGUUGGGUCUUGUAACCGAGACAGAGUUCAGGUGAGGGUUUCAGAGCCAGGAGUGUUGGCCGGCUGUCUCCACCUUCUCCUUGUCUUGGGGCAUCUUCUCCUUCGCCAUGUCCAUGUUGAGUUCCUUUGGGUUCACGGAGGAGCAGGUGGCUUGUGUGUGCGAGGUGCUGCAACAGGGAGGCAGCAUUGAGAGGCUGGGCAGGUUCCUGUGGUCGCUGCCGGCCUGCGACCACCUCCAGAAGAACGAGAGUGUGCUGAAGGCUAAAGCCACCGUCGCCUUCCACCGGGGCAACUUCCGCGAACUCUACAAGAUCUUGGAGAGCUGCCACUUCUCGGCGCAGAGCCACCCCAAGCUGCAGCAGCUGUGGCUGAAAGCUCACUACACCGAGGCGGAGAAGCUGAGGGGGCGGCCCCUGGGAGCGGUGGGCAAAUACAGGGUCCGCAGGAAGUUCCCCCUGCCCCGCACCAUCUGGGACGGUGAGGAGACCAGCUACUGCUUCAAGGAGAAGUCCCGGGGCGUUUUGCGGGACUGGUAUCUACACAACCCGUACCCUUCGCCCCGGGAGAAGAGGGAGCUGGCAGAGGCCACGGGACUCACCACCACCCAGGUCAGCAACUGGUUCAAGAACCGACGGCAGAGGGACCGAGCUGCAGAGACCAAGGGCAGGGAGAACGGCGAGAAUUCCAACCCCCAGAGCCGGCAGCCCCACAGGCAGGGGCACGGUGCCAGUCUGGUCCUGAGCAGCUCGGACGAAGAGGAGGUGUCGCCGGAGCUGAGCCCCGACCCUCGGGCCGGGACCCCCGGGAUCCUGUACCCAGGCGACCUGCACCCGCUGGGCAGUCCUGUCCUCCAGCACCCCCGCCUCCUGCAGGACUCCAUUCUGGGACCCCUCACCUCCAGCCUGGUGGACCUUGGAUCCUGAGGGGGGUAGGUGGGGGUUGG